AUGUUAGCAGACAGCAAGAUAGACUCGCUCGACACGCACCUGGAGCAGUUUAAGCUCAAUGAGCAGAACAGAGAGAACGAUCUACAUGUUGAGCAAGCUUACUUCCUGCGCUGGAAUGAUACUAACCGCAGCCAGAAUAUCCUAAAAGAAUAUGGCCAGCUAUUGAACGACUAUAAAUUGUUGAAGAAGGCUUUCGAGGAGAAGGGAACGAAGGCGACGGCUAAAGCCACUACGAUAGCACCCGCACAGAAGGCUCCGAAUCCAUAUGUCCUCGUGCUUGUUGACGGCAACGGUUACAUCUUUAAUGAUGAGUUGAUCCGCGAGAAAGAAGAAGGUGGUAUGCGUGCCGCCCGGAUGCUGAAUGACGCAGUAGAAAAGUAUCUACAUCAAAACGUCCCCGAAGCCAAAACUUCACGCGUAGUUGUUCGUAUAUACGCGGACCUUACGAAUUUGUCGAAACAGCUAGCAAAGUCGAAAGUAACAGGGCUAGAGAAGCGUUCAAUUGCGCCAUUCUCCGCUGCCUUUACACGCGCUAUUAGCCUUUUCGACUUUGUCGAUGCUCUGGAUGAAGAGGGUACCAAGUUUAAGAUUCGAGAACAGUUAAAGCUCGCGUCCGAGGAUAACGCUUGCAGCCACAUCUUGUAUGCUGCGUGCCAUGAUAGUGCCUAUCUAUCUCAACUCGUCCCUCUAAGAGGCGCACGCGACAAGGUCACACUUGUUCAAGGGGCUGGUUGGAACUCCGAGUUCCAUCAAUUCAACUUGAAUGUCACACAGUUUCCAACGAUCUUUCGAUGGUCUGAACUACCGGCCACCACACCUAACACAAAGACACCAACAUCCAACGGGUCUGCAGGUCCCAAACCUAAUGGAGCGCAAAAGGCUACCGCACCGUUCAUAGCACAAGGUCCUCGUCAAUAUGACUACUGGCGAAGCGGCACCAUGAGUCCUGGAGACCCCAUUAUCGAAGUCGACCGGACGUCCUCGAUAGAUACCAAUGGUUUUGGGGGUGGGAAUGGAGUGAGUUUGGGGAAUAAGGCAGCUAAAAACCAAAAGCCUUCACAAACGCCGUGCAGGUACUUCCAAAAAGGCUUUUGUCAUUUCGGACAAAAGUGCAAGUACCAGCACAUUCCCAGUGGCCAAAGCAACCUGAAUGGGUCCGCAAAGCCUUCGCAGAGUCUGACCAUGGAUCGUUCCAACAUAACCGCUCAUCUGCCUACCACCACCAUACCAGGCUUCAUCGCCCUGAAUAAAGACGGUCAACGCCUAGACACAUACAUCCGACCGCCCACCCAGGAAGAAUGGAAAGUCUACAACACCCGCUUCGCCAAGCAAAAGCCUUGUAACAGUUUCCACCUCCAGCGCAUCUGCACCACCUUCGGAUGCCCCUUCGACCACAACGAACUAGAGCCUGAGUCGCGACAUGUCCUCGAGUACGUGUUAACGUGCAAUCCGUGUCCGCAGCGGAGCGCCUGUAGAACAUCAGACUGCUUCUAUGGACACAUUUGCCAGAAAGACGACUGCGCGGGCCAGAUGAAGGGAUGUAGGAUGAAGACUGAUCUUCAUAGUGUGGAUCCGAAGGUGGCGAGCAUGGUGCCGGCUGAGGAUGAGCUGGAACAUGAUGAACCCUUGGUGGAUAUGCCGGAUGAGAAUAACUUCCUGUGGUAG